GGGGAGGCAUCAUCAUUUCAUAGCUGUUUCCCUGCUCAUAUUAAAUCGUAUGAAACGCUACCAUCGUCUCGACCUCCACCUAACGCAGAAGAACAGACAUCGACAACAAGUCAAGGGCUCUCGUCAUUCAAAGCACUGCGUAACCUCGCUACGUCGCUCCUCUUCCAAUUUCCUAGUCGUUCUCUGACACCAUCAAGCAUUGCCCCGGGGGUUCGGAUGCGAACUCCAGAUUCAUAUGCGCCAAGCGACGUUUACGAUUUCCACUCAUUGGACAGAGUACCUCUUCCGCGAUUCCUCAAUCGUUGCCUUAUACUGCCAUGCAUCGCCCACCGUGUCACAGCGGUUCAAUUGGCAGGCGAAGGUCCAUCGGGACCGAGUUACAUAUACAAAAUACAGGCAUGCAGUCUGAGGCCAUUGGAGAUCACCCUGCCAGACAGGCUAGAAAAUGCGACAAUCUCACAAGGUGCUCUGCAGCUCGUUCGUCCUUGGCACUCCAACGGUCAAUCUGCCGUAUUAGACGCUACGAGUGAAGAGCAGUUACUUCUUACUCUUGGGAGGCCAUUUAAUGCUCUUCCGUUGACCGAACUGCCUCACUCCCAGCACAAACGGAUUGCGUCUUCUACCCUCAUUACUGCCCAACCCAUCAGCCGUGCCAGCAUUGUGUAGAUAGCCACUGCGCUAUGAUAUAGGCUAAUAUCGACAUCCACUUUGAUCGAUAUUGAAAUACUUGUGUCCCCUCUGCCUGCAUGUCCUGCCACUUCUUCUUCUCUGCUUCGUCUCGUCAUACUUUUGGAAUACAUGUUCAGCGACGUCCUUCUCACGCAGAAAUGCGUGCGUCGAUGUUAACACUACGAACGCUGUAUUGCACUCUCGCUAAGUCGCCCCUUCCGCGAUUCCUUACUCGCCGCCUCGCACUGCCAUGCAUCGCCCAUCGCGUUACAGCAACCCAGCUGACCGGGC